CGUUCGGCCGUUUCAACUCUCCCCGUAAACAAAACAGAAAAUGGCUGGACAAAAGCAAGAGCUUCCCGUCUCCGGCGAACCAUUAGCCGUCGAGAGUCCGAUGACAGAUACGAUUAAGAAGAAGAAGAAGAAGAAGAAGAGCAAGAAGAACAAACACUCAGAGGAAAAUCUAGAGGUCGAAGCUCCUCAAGAGGUUACUAAUGGUGAGGAGUUGAGCAAUAAAGAGAAAAAGAAGAAGCGUAAGAGAGAGGAGAAGGAGAUGGAGAAGGAGAAGAAGAAGAAGGAGGAAGAGAAUGUAAUUCCGGAGAAGAAGCCGGAAUCUGAUGACUCAGGUGUUGGCAACGGAGGAGAGAGUGAUCAGAAAGUUGUUGUGACGGGAAAAGGUGUGGAGGAAGCAAAGUACGCAGCUUUAACAUCUUUCGCUGAAUCGAAAUUGCCGGAGAAUGUUCUUAGUUGCUGUAAGACAUUCCAGAAACCAUCUCCGAUUCAGUCGCAUUCGUGGCCGUUUUUGUUAGAUGGUCGUGAUCUUAUCGGGAUUGCCAAAACUGGGUCAGGCAAGACAUUGGCGUUUGGGAUUCCUGCGAUUAUGCACAUGAUGAAGAAGAAUAAGAAUGGUAAAGGAUCAAAGAAUCCGAUAUGUCUUGUUCUUUCUCCGACACGAGAGUUAGCUGUUCAGAUUUCCGAUGUUUUGAGCGAAGCUGGAGAACCAUGUGGUCUUAAAUCGAUUUGUGUGUAUGGUGGAAGCUCUAAAAGGCCUCAGAUUAACGCAAUUCGAUCUGGAGUUGAUAUUGUCAUUGGUACGCCUGGUCGUUUGAGAGACCUGAUUGAAUCUAAUGAGCUUCGUCUCUCAGAUGUUUCCUUUGUGGUAUUGGAUGAAGCAGAUCGAAUGCUUGAUAUGGGUUUCGAGGAACCAGUCCGGUUUAUAUUGAGCAAGACGAAUAAAGUUCGUCAGAUGGUUAUGUUCAGUGCAACUUGGCCUGUGGAAGUUCACAAAUUGGCUCAGGAAUUCAUGGAUCCAAACCCUGUCAAGGUAGUCAUAGGUUCUGUAGACUUGGCUGCAAACCACGACGUUAUGCAAAUCAUCGAGGUCUUGGACGAUCGUGCCCGUGAUCAGCGCCUCGUCGCUUUACUAGAAAAAUACCACAAAUCUCAAAAGAACAGGGUUUUGGUAUUUGCCUUAUACAAGGUUGAAGCUGAACGUCUCGAGCGUUUUCUUCAGACAAGAGGUUGGAAAGCUGUAUCUAUACACGGAAACAAAGCACAGAGCGAACGUACCAGGUCUUUAUCAUUGUUCAAAGAAGGAUCCUGUCCGCUGCUGGUGGCUACUGACGUAGCAGCAAGAGGGCUUGAUAUCCCUGACGUGGAAGUUGUGAUAAACUACAGUUUCCCUCUAACAACAGAGGAUUAUGUACAUAGAAUCGGGAGGACAGGAAGAGCAGGUAAAAAGGGUGUUGCACACACGUUCUUCACCCAACAGAACAAGGCUCUUGCCGGAGAACUUGUGAAUGUUCUCAGAGAAGCUGGACAAGUCGUGCCUGCUGAUCUUUUGAAGUUUGGCACUCAUGUAAAGAAAAAGGAAUCAAAACUGUACGGAGCUCAUUUCAAAGAAAUAGCCGCUGAUGCUCCAAAAGCUACAAAGAUCACAUUCGAUAAUUCUGACGACGAAGACUAGUUAUUUGCUUUCAAUCAUUUUUAGUUUUAUUAAUAUUAUUAGAGUUACUUGGACAUGAAAAUUCCUGCCUUUGAUUUUCUUCUUCUGUGUCGGCUCGGCCCGAACAACAUAUAAUUUUGUAUCAGCAUUUUUCAUUAUAUUUGUAUGCUUUUUGUUAUAUUAUUUAUUAUUCAAAA